CUGGGCGCAUCCCAGCGAUUCUCUCAAUGUCCGAUCGUCUUUUCUCUUGGACGCCCGAAUCAAACGACGACGACUAUAUCCGCGAAUCGACCAGGCGCAAGCGAAAGCACUCCCACAAACCCGGCAACCCAGCCUUGAUGUCUGGUGGCUUGCCAUCGCCCGCCAUGGAGCGCGAGGACCCCAUCGAAAAUGGCGCAAAAUCGGCCAAGAAGUCUAAGAAGGAGCACAAGAAGAGGAAGCAUGAGAGUGACGGGGCUGUCAACGGCGAUGCAGUGAGGGAGAAGAAGCGCAAGGUGACACCGCCCGUCGAUGCCGACGACGAUUCUGCUCCAGAGGAGCAGCCCAGCAAGAAAAAGUCGAAGCAGGAGCGCAAAGAGGAGAAGAGACGACUGAAAGCGCUGGCAAAAGCUGAGCAAGCGCCUGUUGAGGAAGCACACGCGGAAGAGGUUGAGGCAGAAGAGCAGGUCAACCAGGAAUUGAAGGAUGCUGCAGCAGAGGCUGGUGCUGCUGAUGUCGAGAACGAAGACGAUUUCGCCGCAUUUGGAUCAGAUGACGAGCAGCAACCGCAAACGAACGGCCAUGAUGCAGACUCUGAGGUGGAAGAAGAGGACGAGGAUCAAGAAGCAGCCGAUCUACCUUCAGCAGUCGGUGUAUCGCUACCCAGUACAAGCGAAGAGCCGAAGAAGUUCUCCGAGGUCAAUCUGAGUGAGAAGACCAUGCGCGCUAUCAAUGACAUGAAAUUCGAGAACAUGACAGAAAUUCAGAGAAGGGCGAUGGGCCCGCUAUUGGCAGGCAAGGACGUGCUAGGUGCCGCAAAGACUGGAUCUGGAAAGACACUGGCAUUCCUUGUACCUUGCGUAGAGUUGCUGCAUGGUCUUCGAUUCAAGCCGCGAAACGGAACUGGUGUGAUUGUGGUCUCACCAACUCGAGAGCUGGCGCUCCAAAUUUUUGGUGUCGCGCGAGAACUCAUGGAGCACCACUCACAGACUUUUGGCAUUGUCAUUGGUGGUGCGAACCGAAGGGCAGAGGCGGAGAAGCUGGCCAAGGGUGUGAAUCUGCUCAUUGCCACGCCGGGACGCUUGCUCGAUCAUCUGCAGAACACUCCAGGGUUUGUGUUCAAGAAUGUCAAGGCACUUGUCAUUGACGAAGCCGAUCGAAUUCUGGAAGUGGGUUUCGAGGACGAGAUGCGACAGAUUGUCAAGAUUUUACCAAAGGACGAUCGUCAAACCAUGCUCUUUUCCGCUACGCAGACGACAAAGGUUGCGGAUCUUGCGAGAGUCUCACUUCGAGAGCGACCUCUAUACAUCAACGUGGACGACAAGGAAGAGCACAGCACAGUCGCCGGGUUGGAGCAAGGGUACGUGAUCUGCGACUCCGAUAUGCGGUUCCGCCUACUCUUUACCUUCCUCAAGAAGCAUCCCCAGAAGAAGAUCAUUGUCUUCUUCAGCAGCUGUAACUGCGUCAAGUACUACUCAGAACUUCUCAACUACAUCGAUCUGCCGGUCCUCGAUUUGCAUGGCAAGCAAAAGCAACAGAAACGGACGAACACAUUUUUCGAAUUCUGUAACGCCAAGUCUGGAACCCUCAUCUGCACAGAUGUAGCAGCAAGAGGUCUUGAUAUCCCUGCUGUAGAUUGGAUUGUGCAGUUCGAUCCUCCGGAUGACCCUCGCGAUUACAUUCAUCGCGUCGGCAGAACAGCGCGAGGUGCAAAUGCGAAGGGAAAGAGUUUGAUGUUCUUGCAGCCGAGUGAAGUUGGUUUCUUGUCGCACCUGAAGGAGGCAAAGGUGCCUCUUGUCGAGUUCGAGAUCCCACCAAAGAAGAUUCUUGAUAUCCAGUCACAGUUGGAGAUGCUCAUUGGCAAGAACUACUAUUUGAACAAGUCUGCCAAAGAUGGCUAUAGAUCUUAUCUUCAGGCCUAUGCUUCCCACUCGCUUCGUACAGUGUUCGACAUCCACAAGCUUGACCUCAAGAAAGUGGCCAAGGGUUUCGGAUUCUCAGUGCCUCCCAAGGUCGACAUCAAUCUUGGAGCCAGCAUGAAGAAGCCUGAUCAGGCGAGGAGGAAUUACGGAAGCCAGCCUGCACAGAAGAGGAAGUUCCAAGGAGGCAAGCCUGUGAGGCGGUGAUCAGGUCUGGAAUGAGGUGAUGUACAAAAGCCAUAUUGGUUUGUUUCAAAAGGGAGUCCAUAGCGAGGCGUUGUGUAAUGAAGGCUACUUUUGUGUAGGACUGAGCCGUGCCUGUAGGAAGACUCAAGAGAGCGGGUAAAUUUGACUCGGGAC